CUCAAAAUUUUCUGUUGGACACUUGAAAUCUCGCUUGGGCCUCUCCUCCUGCUAACCGCACUUCUCUAGUCCCGGUGCCAAUUUCCGAUCUGGGUCAAACUUCAAGACAUUCAGAGUGCUCCUCUAUACGCUGCCUGGAUUAAGAAAGUUCACCUGGAUUUCUAGCUUAAGCACAGCGUGUCAUAAUUCAGUACUCCCAGCUACACUAGUGGCUUUUUUGUCGAGUACAUAGGUUCCCGAACAAUCAAAUCCCUCUCCAUCGACGAUACCAUAUACCCCCAAAGUGCCUUAAUAUGAACGCUGUCUUUUUCCUUUGGCUUGCGCUUCUCAUGCCAACCAUGGCCAAGCGGUCGCUUUCGGCCACCUCGUUAGUCACAUGCAUGGACAGCUCGCAGAUCUCACCAUCAUAUUUCGAUGUGACUUUCAACCCGGACGACCGAUCACUCAAGUACUCGCUUGACUUGGUCACCGAAAUCUCCGCCAACGUCACUGCGCAUGUGCAAAUAUAUGCCUAUGGAUUUGUGAUCAUUGACAAGUAUAUCGACAUGUGUGACUUGGACUGGAAACAGUUCUGCCCGAUCUACCCUGGAACCAUGCAGAUCGAGUCCAUCGAGUAUAUCUCUGAGCUGUACGUGCUGCAAAUCCCGGGAAUUGCAUACAGCGUGCCUGAUAUCGACGCCGUGGUGAAAGUACAGGUAUACGAUCGUCUGACCGGAGAGCUUUUGUCGUGUCUCCAGAGCUCGUUUUCCAACGGCAAAACAGUAUCGCAAACGGCCAUCAAAUGGGUCACGGCAUGUGUGGCCGGACUUGGCUUGUUGAUCGCUGCAGUGCUAUCCACAUUCGGAAACUCAAAUGCGGCGUCGCAUAUUUCCACCAACGCUGUGUCCUUAUUCUUGUACUUUCAAUCGGUAGUCGUGGUUUGUAUGCAAAGCGUGGACCGGGUGCCGCCCAUUGCCUCUGCAUGGUCCGAGAAUCUCGCCUGGUCCAUGGGCUUGAUACGGGUAGAGUUCAUGCAAAAGAUCUUCCGCUGGUACGUGCAGAGCACAGGCGGUACCCCCACCUUGUAUUUCAUCAGCAGCACCCAGCAAAUCUUGGUACAGAGGGCUCAGAUGUACUUGGAUAAUUUACACGAAUAUGCCAGCAACAAUUUCUCGAUUUCGCCGGGCAUCAAGCGGUCAUUGGAUUACACUUUGAGCUCGAAUGCCAACUUGGUGGUGCUCCGAGGAAUCGAGAGAAUCGGAUACAACUCGCACAUAGAGCCCACUUCCAUUGUCGUCACGGGCUUCACUUUUUUUGUGCUCAUGGGCUUUCUUUUGGCUGUGGUCAUUGUUUGCGUCAAGCUGGCCGUCGUUCUCUUGAUCAGAUUCAAGAAAAUCAAUCCCAAUAGAUUAUCACAUUUCAGAAAGUCUUUUGUUAUCAUUUUAAAGGGCGCCUUGCUAAGAUAUGUCUACAUCGGGUUCACGCAGCUUGUGAUUCUCUCCUUGUGGGAAUUCACUGUACAAGACUCGCCUGCUGUGAUAGUAUUAGCAUGCCUCACGCUUCUUUUAGCGCUAGGCAUCAUUGCAUAUGCGUUGUGGAAUACGCAUAAGUUUGGAUCUCGCUCGGCUCGCGACUACAAGAACCCAGCUGCCAUUCUCUACGGGGAUCCUGUUGUCUUACACAAGUUUGGUUUCUGCUAUACGAUGUUCCAUGCGCAGAAAUAUUGGUUUGGCAUGGCGUUGGUUUCAUAUGCCUUGUUGAAGGGCAUUUUUAUUGGUCUAUGCCAAUCGUCUGGUAAAGUGUCCUCAAUCGUCAUUUUCAUUAUCGACUUGGUGUACAUGAUUUUCUUGUUCACCCAAAGGCCUUACAUGAACAAAUCAACCAAUAUCUUGAACUACUGCAUGGCAAUAGUCAUCACUGUCAACUCCUUCUUGUUCGUAUUUUUCUCCGAUCUUUUUGGGCAGCCGGCGCAAGUGUCCUCGAUUAUGGGGUGGGUGUUUUUCAUUUUGAACGCAGCUUUUGCUUUGGUAUUGUUGAUCAUGAUCAUCGUCUUGAGUCUUUUAGCUAUACUAUCGAAGAAUCCCGAUGCUCGCUUCGCCCCGGCCAAGGAUGAUAGAACAUCCUUUCAAAGAAUGUCUUCUACCAAGCACAGAAGAAUCGAGAAAGAUAUGAGUGUGGAGGCACGCGCCAACAAUGAGUUGUUUGCAUUGGGUGCUGCGGCAAAGGAUCACCUGACUGAUUGGGAAGACCAAAUAUACAAACUUCAUGAGAUUCAGAAAGGAUCCAAGUCAGAGUCCAUCAGUGAAAUAAAUAACUCGACAAGCACGUCUGAAAACGACGAUACACCGCAAGGAAUCACUAAUGAAUUUGACGAGAGACAAGCCGCACCGACCCAGGAUAAGUCUUUUGGGGAGAAGCUCAAGGAGAAAUUGAAGUUCACAUCUCCGGCCAAACCUGACGAAGCAAAAGGAGACUACCUGCUUUUGAAGCGCGAAAAUAACACGCGUAUGAGCGACACAAUGACAGCAGGGAGCUCAUUGCCAGAGUCUCCCGUCAAGAGGCCACUAAAGCACAGUCGAAACGAUUCUACGCAAAGUGCGUUCUCCACGUCAAACUUUCCGUCACCUGAGCCCAUGAACACCAAAGCAUUUUUGUAAUCUUGCUUGCUAGAGGU